UCACUACCACAAAUCUUUCACAUUCUUUUUAGUUUUUACAUGGGGUGGCCGAAUCCCACUUUAUUACCUGUUUAGUAGUAUUCAUAUCCCCAUAUAUCCUUCCCUUUAACUCACCUCUAUACAUCCACACCAUUCUAAACUAAGAAAGAAACCAGUAGCAAUAUCAAGAAUGGAGGAAGAGAAAGGAGAGAAGGGAGUGAUACUUUUGGACUUUUGGACGAGUCCUUUCUCUCAAAGGUUAAAGAUUGCAAUGGAUGAGAAGAAUGUGGAGUUUGAGUGCAUUGAAGAGGACAUUCCCAACAACAAGAGCCAACUCUUGCUGAAAUCCAACCCGGUUUAUAAGAAGAUACCAGUUCUCAUACAUGAUGGUAAACCUAUCUGUGAAUCCAUGGUCAUUCUCAGGUACAUCGAUGAAGUUUGGCCUCAUCAAGCUCCUUUGCUCCCCGCUGAUCCUUAUUCUCGUGCCAUUGCUUCUUUCUGGGCCGAUUUCAUUGAUAAAAAGGUGUAUGAUUUAGGAACAAAAAUAUGGAUGCGAUCAGGGGAAGUGCACGAGACGGCAAAAAAAGAAUUAUUGGAGGUGAUGAAGACUUUGGAAGGUGAAUUAGGAGAGAAAGAGUUCUUUGGAGGGGAUGUAUUUGGAUUUGUUGAUAUUGCUCUUGUGUCCUUUUAUGGAUGGUUUCCUGCAUAUGAGAUCUUUGCCAAGUUUAGCUUUGAAGAGGAGUGCCCAAAGAUUAUGGCUUGGGCUAAGAGGUGCGUGCAAAGGGAGAGUGUUUGCAAAGCACUCCCUGAGCCAAAGAAGUUGUAUGAGUAUUUGCUUGACUUGAAGAAAACCUACAACUUGUAUUGAUGGGGUUUGUGUUCUUGUGACCUUUUAAUGAUAAUAAGAUGCCAAUCAAAUUUUUUUUUUUUAUUA